AUGGACGUCGGUACUCCUUCACCCGCCUCAGCAUCUACGUCCGCGCCUGCACCCGCACCCGUAUCUGCAGCAGCGUCUGCAACAUUGCUAUGGAUCCCAUCCGCUACGACCUUGGGUGAUGUGGCAUCAUCCACACCCCUUUUAUCAACCGCCGCCGCCUCGCUAUUCAAGCCCCCUACCGCGCCAUCACGUCGCACCGCAUCAACCCCUCUGCACUCGUCUACGGCCUCAUCUAUCUCCCUCGACCCUGUCCUAGCCGCAUCAAUGUCCAGAUCCGCAGAACGACUGGCGCGCCCCAGAGCCGUCCGUGUCAAGCUCGCAGGUGGUAUGCGCGCACAAGUUGAAGCCGCUGCACCAUUACUCAAGCUCGGCCGAAGCCGCGGAUCACCGAAAAUACCGAACUCCCUCGAACCGCUGCCAGCUACGCUUGUGCAGGUUGGGAUGAUUGGUGCAAAGGAGAAACGGAAGCGGCCGACGCAGGCGUCUGCGAAGGGCAGAGGUGGUGAGGCGGGGGAUCUGAGGGAGGAGUUCGAUGAUGCGAGUACAUUGCAACUGGACGUCGUCAACCUGGUUCCUGCGUCCGUCAUUGCCCGUGGCUUCAAUCUCAUGCGCUAUGCGCUUAGCCACGCGAAUCUAGUCCUCGCAGGGCCAAUGAGGCCUGCACGGAGAAAGAAACCCGGUUGA